CCCCCGAGCAGCGUGAAUGUCAACUGGGCGCGUUCACCGGGGGCUUAUAACCUUCAAGGAGAGGAGCACGCACAGCUCGGGGUCACAAGGAGAUUAGGAGAAUUUGGAAGACGGCAUCCUUCGGAGCCCACGGUUUGAGAACAGAAUGGAGGCACAGGGGAGAAAUUCAGACACCUGCGGGACUAUUUGUCUGAAAUACGUACUUUUUAUCUUUAAUGUUCUUUUCUGGCUGGCAGGUGGGGCCGUGAUAGCUGUCGGAGUGUGGACGAUGGUGGAGAAGAGCGAGUACAUCAGCCUGCUGAACUCCAGCUACUACUCAGCCUCUGCCUACGCCCUGAUCGCGGCCGGCCUCAUCGUGAUAGCGACGGGAAUAAUCGGCUGCUGUGCCACUCUGAAGGAAAUGAAGAGCCUGCUGAUUGUGUAUUUAAUCUUGCUUCUGUGUAUUUUCCUGCUGGAAGUCAUCGCUGGUGUGCUGGCCUACAUUAACUCUCAAGAGUGUUUCCCUUUCUGCUACCAGCUGGAUGAGGGCCUCCGACAGAACCUGAAGGAGACCAUGCAGCUGAAAUAUCAGCAGCCGGAGCAGGACAGCAUCACGCAGGCCGUGGACAACCUUCAGCAGGAGUUUAAGUGCUGCGGCAGUAACAGCUCCUUAGAUUGGUCAGACAGCGUGUGGAUCCAGGCAGCAGGCAAUAACAGACUGGUUCCUGACAGUUGCUGCAAAACACCCAGUGACUACUGUGGCCGUAGGGACCACCCCUCUAACAUCUAUAAAGUAGAGGGAGGUUGCAUAAUGAAACUAGAGGACUACAUCCUGAGUCAGCUGCAUAUCAUCGGAGCAGUGGGUAUUGGGGUUGCCUUUCUCCAGCUUGUGGGGAUGAUGUUCACAUGCUGCCUUUAUCGAAGUCUAAAAGAAGAGCCCAACUGAGUUCAGAGCUUGUAAAGAUCACAAAUUCAAACACAAGAUGGCUUCUACAAAUAAUGGAUUGUAAGACUUCUGUGAUUAUAUAUAUAUAUUUCAUAACCUUAAUACAGAUGAUUCUCGGUUGCUGUGAAGUGAUUUGUUAUAUAUUGAGCAGGUGAAACAGUCUGCUGGACAGCACUGCUCUGUUCUGUACACAUGGUUCACUUGUCACAUUCAUUACAUUAAAGCGUGUGCAGAAGGAGGGAUGUACAGUUUUUGCCAAAUCAUCCUUGAAAAGCGGAGAAAAGUGAACGUUUUAGGUAUCUAAGUCUUACAGAUUUGUUUUUUUUUUCGUACAUGGCACAUCUUCUAGAGCAGUGGUUCUCAACCUUUUUGGGGUCCUGGACCCCCUGCGUAUUUUUGAUCUACCCUGAGGACCCCUCCACCUGAUCUUGGGGGAGGGGGGUUGCAAUUUGAUAGAAACAGUAGAAACUGCAUUUUAAAUUGCAUUAUAGCAUUUAUUCACUCUUUGGGGCAAAAAUAAGAGCUUUCAGUUGUAACUUAGAUAUAGUUAACAAAACAGAAUAUGUAUUCAGUAACUUUCAGAUAUAUGUAACAACAGAAUUUUUAUGCAGUAACUUUAAACAAUGCAAACGGGAGCGAGAUCUCUUAUUAAAAUACAAUAAAUUACACUUGUGAAACAGAUGUAAUUAGAGAAAAAAGUCCUGUUACCCUUUAUAGUUCAGGUAGAUAUAAAGGUCUCAGUCACAUUUGAGUAAAAUAAUCCUAUUUCUAUAAAUGUCAUAGGAUCUUUUUUUUAAAGAUAUUUUAUUUUCACGGACCCCUUGCAAUUACACCACGGACCACUAGGGGUCCGCGGACCCCCGGUUGAGAAACACUGUUCUAGAGCAGUGUUCAGAAAGCUGGCCUGAAAGAGGAAUAUAUGGAAACAUGUUCAAUAAAAGACAACAGAUUGU